CCUCGCGCCUGCAUGUCGUAAAAAUGAAACACUCGCGUUUUUUGGCCAUCAAUGUACGGUUUAUGGUGUGUGUCGCGGCUUUCUACUCCUUUGCUCAUGCGUAACGAUUAAAGGCACCUCAAAUCGGGGGAAAUAGCCGGUACACCAUGGGGUUCGGAUAAUAUAUAUCGUGAUCUGAGGCAAGUACUUUUUUUUUUUUUUUUUGUAUGUGGUCGGUCGGGUGCUGUUCUACUCACAGUCAGGAAGAUCUAAGUAUUACAUAUAAAAAAGGUCUUUGAAGACCUUCGCCAUUGACCUUUGCACAUAUAAUGGAAAGGGUCAAAUGUUAAGCCUGCCCUAUCGUUUAUUUACGUUUCAUGUUAAGCUCUGUUUUGCGCUUGAGUCUCGGUUUAUACCGUAGAUUGCGGUUGUCUGCUGUGUGCUAAGCAUAUGCAUUUUUAUAAACAAUAUAUUUAUAUUUAGAUGCGGUUCUGAUUUUAACAUUAUUAAACAGCAAAGGUGCUACUAAUAUGGUAAAACGUCUUCUCUGUAACUUGACUAUCGGACUCUUGUGUUUAGAACUCACACGACAGUGUUUACAACCAUUUUCCAUUUGUCUCAUUUUGUUUGCCUAUAAUAUUUGUUUUAGAACAGGUGAAAGGAAUCCGUUUUGAAGAUUGUAAUUUGAAGACCUUUCCAUGACAGGUAGGUUUACCCAUUGUUGGCUUUAUGGGUGGUGUGUGUGUGCGCGCGCUUUUAACCCCUUAAGGACCAAACUUCUGUACUAAAAGGGAAUCAUGACAUGUCACGUGUCCUUAAGGGGUUAAAUAUCUUUUUAUUUAUUAUUGUUUUUCGUGUGUGUGCGCACCACACACUGAUGUCUAUGGAAGAUCCCACAAAACAAUGGGAACCUCCAUAGACUUCACUAAGCUUUAACUGCGAAAAAAAAACUAAUUCCGACAGCCCUUGUGAGAGAGAGGCUGAUGGAUUUGACAGAACUUGCCAGUUGAUUCACCACAUGCAUUUUAGGUAGACUGAAUUGGAAUUUCAAUGAAAUUCCCAAACCGUCAAUAUUAGGGUUUCAGAAAGAUUAGAUCAUUUUCAAUUACUUAAUUUUUGUUGGGUGGCAGAGCCAGUAUUUUUGUGAGGGUCACGUCGUCCUACAAUUAUUUAUAGGAACACUCUGGACCCCUAAAGUACUUUCAGAUAUUUUAAAUGCUUUCUGUGUGCCCUCACAGGUUUUUUUUGUUUUUUUGUUUUUUUCUCAAUAGAAAUUGGCAUUGUUAAAAAUAAUCCUUGUUAUACUCUUCUUGCUUUCAUGCAGACCAACAGCAGCAUGCUGCUUUUUUUAAAACUUUAUUUUACUUAAUUUUACUUUCUCCUGGGUUACUUAUAUGUGGCGAGCAUAACUUUAUGAAUUGUAUAGACUAUUAUGCUCACUACAUGUAUUUUUAGUACCAGUGAUCUCAUUGUUUGUUUUUAAUUUAUGUUCCAAUAAAUAUUGGCUUGUGGAUAUUUCUGUAGUCCUGUAUCCUUUCACUGGGAGGAUAUUCUGUACCAUUGAGCCUUUUCUAGGGACCCUAGGACUGCUCUUGGUCAUGUGAGUGGAAUUCCACCUUUAUUCCCUUACUCAUUUUUUUUACAGAUUACACUAGUUUGUUGUCUUUUUUUGUGUACAAUAGUUUCACAGGCUUAGUUAACCUCGCGUUGUGCAGGACUGCAAGCCCAAAAGGAGGUACAAUGGAUGUUACAAAUCUAGGAAACUCGAUUGUCCCGCCAUAAGAGAUGCACUCUUGAUCGGAGUGUGCAAGUUUACAGUAAUUUUGCAUUAUAGUAAACAAGAGAGGUUGUAACAUGAACAUUACAGUAAUAAAUACCAGCAAACUAGUGGGGGGGGGGAGGGGAGAGAAAAUAAAAGGGAGUUAGGUGGGGGGGAGGUAGAGUACACUGCUAUGAUUAUAUUAUUUCUUCCAACUGGUGAUUAGAACUCAGUCUUGCAAUACUUGACCGUUGUGAAUCUGUCCUUAUCGUGGGAGCGUAUCGGUGAAAGAGUCCCAUUUCUCUCGAGCUAUUUGGCAGAAUAAGCAGCUUUUUAGUGAGUUUUCUAGUGGCUCUUUUCAUUUUGCUUGUUAGGGCUAUUUGGCUUAGCAGCUCUUCUCGGGGAUGGGCUGUGGUAGAUAACCAGUUACGUGCUAAUAGCGUGAGUGCAGCCACAAUAACAUGGAAUAUUAACUAUUCCAUGGGGUGAGAGUCUGUGUUCGGGAGAAUCAGAAGGAGACAACAUUCUGGGGUAUUGGGUAGUUGUACUUCUGUUCAGCUGAGAAUGAUAUUGAGCGCUAGUACCAGACAUUGCCACCAGAUGUGGAGCAUGGUACUCCAAUUAGAUUUACAGCGCUAGCACACAUCUGAAUAUGCAGGUUUUAUUUUAGCCAAUUUUCCAGGAACCAUGUACCAUCUGUAGAGGAUUUUCCUCAGAAUUUUACUGUGGGCUGCAUUUAAAGUGUUGCCACUAAAUGCAGGAAAUGCUUUGACCCACUAUGCCCUCAAGAUUGGGCGGCCAAUCUCGGCCUCCCAAGCUCGGAGACAAGAAUGGUGGGAUGGAGAGAUUUUCCCAGUGUUUACCCAUUGUGGUUCUGGUCUAGUAAGAGCUGCUGUUAUACUACUUAAAGGAUCACUAUAGUGUUGUGAAAACAAAGCGGUUUUCCUGACAUAGGAAAGCCCGUUGGUCCCGGGCUCCCUCGGCGCUGGUGACCUCUCCUCCCCCGCCGCCGUCAGCUCCCCCGUCUGACGUCAGCGGAGCUGAAUCCGCAUGCGCGUCAAGUGCUGCGCGCGCAUUCAAAGUGUCCAUAGGAAAGCAUAAUAUGCCUCCAGCGUCGCAGAUGCGCCUCUAGUGGAUGUCUGGAAGACAGCCACUAGAGGAUGGCUUAACCCCAAAUGUAAACAUAGCAGUUUCUCUGAAACUGCUAUGUUUGCAUCUGAAGGGUUAAAACCUGAGGGACCUGGCACUCAGACCACUUCAUUAAACUGAAGUGGUCUGGGUGACUAUAGUGUCCCUUUAAAAGCGCAGCCUGAUAAUAUUGUCUGAUAUUUGGUAGUCCCAUACCGCCUGCGUUAAGUGGUGCGGUUAAAAUAGAGCUACAUUUCACCCAACAGCUUUGCUUUUUAUACGGAGCUCAAAUUCCAAGUUACAUAACUACCCCAAGUUAUACUUCACCCAAAACCCCCCUCUGAUACACACGAUCGGAAAUCCAAGUAUAAGAACCUUAAAGCACUGAACAUAAAAGCCCAUAACAACACUCACUGCACAGUACCCAGCAGGUCCAACCCAACACGAAUAAACUAAAAGAACAGCUACACCAGGGCAACUAGAAGGGCAAAUAAUCAGGCUAUCUACAUGACAUGUGCACCCUAAAAAGGUUAACCUGUACAGAAUUUUACUGCAAUGUGUAUAACAUGUACAGCAUAGCUACAAUGAAAACAAACGAUUGUAUUUUGUGAUACCUCCCUUCCUAUAUGUAACCCCUACCCUUGUUUCACCAAAAAUGAAAUAAAGAAUAAAAAAAAAAAAAAUAGAGCUACAUUUAGACGCCUCCCAUUCCAGAUAAACCUAUCGACCACUUUUUGUAAGGUGGUGAACAACAUUUUGGGUACCUUCAGUGGUAGGGUAGGAAGAGGUACUGUAGUUUGGGCAAAAUGGACAUUUUUAUAGUAAUUAUUCUCCCAGUCCAAGAUAAGAAUUUACCCUUCCAUGUUGACAGUAGCAUUGUGAAUGAUUUUAAGUAAGGCUACUCUGACAAACUCCUAUUUUCCUGUGAGUUUGCCACGAGUUUUUGGAGGGGCCUGUUUGCCAGCCUCCUACCAUGUGACUAUGGCCCCUGCACUAGACCUGGCUAAAAUACUUGAAAAGGCUCUGUUCAUGUGAAGUAUUUACUUUUGUACUCCAGACAGGGAGACCGACUGUUAGCACUUAUUCUCUGGAACUGUUUUGGGCAUGGGUCCAUGUGCAUGGUCGGUCAAAAAUAAGACUUCCAGGAAUUUCCUGAACCCCUGCUCUGAUCUGGGUGAUUUUUGGAUUUGUUGUUCACCCAGAUCAGGGCUAUCAGUGGAUGUAAUUUAUGGGCAUAUGUUAUGUUUUGGGGUACUUAUGAGACUUUAUAAAAUUAGGUUGUUUUUUUUCUGCCUGGAGAUAGUUACAUAAUGUACUUUACUCAAUUAUCUCCCAUGCAGAGGGGAGGGAUUGUGUGCUGUGUGUGGGAGUUUUGUACAUUUAAUUACUGUUCUGAUUAGUUUGUAAGCUUUGUGUCCCUGUCCCCCACAAGGUCCAUGUGGUCGUAUACCUUGCUUGGGGACUUGCAUUAAAGGCCAGCUGUGGCUUCCAUUAAACACACUUGUUUUACCCUUCAUGAAGUCUAGACUCAUGUUUGGGGGAUUGGAGAACUACAUUCACUCUGGGGAUUUAUAAUCACUAUACUCCCCUGAGUAUAAUCACUAAGCUCUUGUAAGAGCUGUUUUAUAUUAUCCUGUAUUUGUGGGAGGGGUUACCUGGCUUAAAUAACCAGCCAGGCCAUAACUUCAGAGCUGUCUUCGCUCGAUUGCACUGUCUUGGAGGAUCCCUCACUUCUGGUUCUGGUCAGACCUGUACUGCAGCGGCCGGUGCUGCACGAGUCCUCCGACCUCCCGGUCCUUUUCGUGCUCUCCCCAGCAAGCAGGGUAAAGCAGUUUCACACUCCCUAUAGGCUACAGCAUCACUGUGGCAGGCGCAGCACAGCUUCCCGGACCUCACGGUCCCCUAGGGAACUCUCAGAGGACGCUACCAAGGGUCUCCCCCUCCACCUGGAACGGUUCCAGAGGCUCGUUAAGCCUGUCAAGGUAACUGCCCUCGCGGCCACUUAGAGCUACCCCAUAGGCGGAUGAUUGCUGCUCAGUUCACUGCUACUUUAGCUUGACUGGGCUCUCACAAUAAGCUUAGCCAUCCUUCUUAAAGCAACCACACGUUGGCACUAAAUUCCUCAUAUUUCAAGCAUCACUAAACACAUAUUUCAUUGUUACAAUCUUGUACCGUUGUCAUUGUUCAGUUUCAGUCACUAUAUACAUGCUGCAGGUAGCUAUUUGUGCUCUGCUGAAGGCUGGAUAAUUCCUUUUGAGUUGUUUUCCUUCUCCCUAUUAACACCUUUGUUUGAUUAUACUGCAGAAGCUUACUUACUUGACCUCAUUCCGGGUCAGGUGCAUUACACACAAAUUCUAUGCACCUGCUAUAACUUUACGUCAAUUUGCGUUAAAACUGCGGUUACUCAAGUUUAUAACUCUAAUAGUCAUAGUGUUGUAUAAAAAAUGGGGUCUGACUGCUAGGCUUCGUUUGUGGUUUACGUAUAUGUAUAAAAAACCUCUGUUAGUUGUUGGAUAUGCCGGUAGUAGCUCACAUUUGGCUCACAUUUUUUUUUCAGAUACUUCAACCCUCCCCCUGAUCUAUUACGGUCGCUCUCACACUACUUGUUUCUACCCGGUAUUCAUGGAAGUUGUGUUCAUGGUUAUGUUUUCUUUCUCAGCUACUUCCAGGAAGGCAGAGUUGUAUCGUCUAUUGUCAGCUCAGCCAGGCACCCCAGGACAGAGUUCCUGCGCACACGGGAACAUUGCAGAAAUUCAUUACAUGAUCUUGUCCUUGGUGACGUCCAUGCAUUUGGUCAACCAGAGACUUGAGAAAUUGGGAAACCUGCACUGCGGGGCCCAUCCUACUGCUUGCUUCCCACCCAGGGUCGGAGGGUAACGUCACUCUAACUAUUCUGCCCACAGCCACCUCCACACACAUUAUUACUCCCUACACCUGGUGCUGACUGCUCUGCAUAAAGACAUUCUAGAUGGGAAAGACGUUAACCUAGUGUCUCUGCUUAUCGCUUCCCAAGACAUAGUUGAGAACAAAGCUUUCUGCUAUGGUGACAUUUCGGUCGUUCUCAAAGCCAGAUAUCCAUGGUUAACCAAACUUUCCAUCCCGGAGUUUGUAUUGGCUUUCAGUCUUUUUAGGGGUGUAAUUUAAAUACGGUGAUCAUGCAUUCUAUGAUUAGCAUAGAUCUUUUUCAGCUAGAGCGGCGGCAGCACUGGCCCAGUUCAACCUUCGUUUGGACUGGAGCCAGUUAGAUACCAAACUAUUCUGUUGCCACUUUCCUCGGCUAAGACCUCAGUCUUGCUCCAUUUGUGCUUCAAUUUCACACUCCACCAAUCUGUGUCCCAGUGAAGCUGACUCUCCUACCACUAACCAGGUCUCAUCUGGUAGCUUCAAACCCAAACAAUGAGGUCUGAAAGAUAAAUUGGGCUGACUUAUUGUGUUCCUCGUUAAGGCACAGAUAUGUAAUAAUUACAACACUGGCAGUUGCGUCUUCAGCGCUUGCCGUCUGUUGCAUGUCUGUUCCUUGUGUUUCUGAGCUCACUCUAGGUCCAUGUGCCCAAAUAGGUUGUUCCCCAAAAAAUGGCGCACGUAGAUUAAUAUUGACAACCUGGCUUUCCACCUAAUAAAAACACACCUCACCUAAUUUGGUGGAGUACCUGAUCACGGGGCUUUCACAUCGGUAUAAUCACGCUGCCCCCAGGAUCACUGGAAUGUCACAACCUGCAAUCAGCACUUUUUGAACCCAACACCAUAGAUCAGCUCUUGCAACAGGAAAUCACACAGGGUUUCUUGCUAGGUCCAUUUUCCAAUCCCCUGUUUGAAAACUGACGCGUCAAUCCAAUUGGCAUUGCUGCUAGCAGAUUAACCGGUAAAAAUAGAUUGAUCAUUGACCUCUCCGCUCCACGUUCUUCUGUCAUUCCCAGCAUUAACGCUCUAAUUCCUUCACUUGAAUUUUCUCUCCAUUACACUUGAGUAGAUAACGCCAUUCUGCGGAUGGGCAGGGCAGCAUGGCUUAGUAAGAAGGACAUGAAAUAUGUGUUCAAACUACUUCCCAUAGUUCCAUCACUAUGGCAUCUACAUGGAGUGAAAUUGAGAGGUUAUUACUACUUUGCUACCAGGUUGACCUUUGGGGCCAAAAGCAGCCCGAUGCUCUUUGACAAUCUCGUUUUUAUUAGAAUUUAAGGUAAUGAAUACAGAACAGAACACAACACAAAAAGUAAAUCCCCGGCACUCAAUUACGUGAUGGUUGCGUUUUGCGGUUGCUUCGGUACCCGAGUGCUGCGUCCCCCUUCCACCUCUGCUAGAACUCCCCCUCCUGCUCACCAUCUAGCCACCUUCCACCCCAUCCCCCUUACCCCCUCAACCGGCUUCUAUACGGUGAUAUGUAAUACCAGAUCCAGUAUAUGAGCGUUUGUUUGCUGCCCAUCACACCCCCUGCUCGUUUCGCUAUGGCUAGUGUUUCUAAGGCUCUUUGCCUUAUGCGUCCCUACCCUAGGCGUCAGGGCCUGUGUAGCAUGCCCUUCCUGUUAAUUGGUUAAUGUGGACAUUAUGCCGGGUGCCCCCACGACCACAGCAGGUGAGUUUUUUAUGGAGUGGUCUCCUGCCACCACAUGGCGGGAGUCCCCCAGAGUUUGUCUCCCUCUCCGAUCCCUCCAGUGUAUUCGUGGGACCUAGGACUGGGUCGUAUCCAUAACAGCUCGUUGUCCCCUACUCCUCGCCCCGCUGUCUAUUUUACCCCAAACUUGCGCAGUAUCGUCCCCCCCCCGUCCCUAGGCCCCAGAGCUCUAGUACCUCACUACCAAGCUUCUUGCAGUGUACAGCUUAGGUCUCCCCUGCCCCCUCUCCCUUCCUCCCCUCUCUCAUCCCCUCUCCCCGAACAGUGCCUCUGCACUCCGUCCAGUGUCGGGAGUGUUAACUAUCCGCCCGUCCCUGGUUAACAUUGCUCUUGUGCUAGGCUUGUGCCCAGUGUGUCCCUGUCCCGGUCCCCCCGUUCCCACUACUCGUAUCAGGUCGGGCGGGCCUGGAACAUGGGGAGGUCGUAGCCGGUUCCCUCAGGUCAUCUCCACCCCCCCCCCAUGGGUCAGCAAGGCCGGCGGCACCUCCGUCUCCCCCUUCCCCCUGCGCGCCCCCCCGCCUUGCCCUCCUGGCCAUGUAAUCCACCCACGGGAACCAGGUCGUUGCACAUUUGUCUGUGCGUCCCUGCAGGGAGGCCGUCAUCAUCUCGAGGUUAUAUAUAUCUUCCACCCUAUCCACCCAUUGUUGAAAGGUGGGGACUGUGCGACUUUUCCAGUGAAUUGGUAUUAGGGUUUUCGCGGCCGUUAGCAAGUGUAUGGUCAGGCCCUUUUUAUAACUCUGCAGCGGCGUUUGCGUGUGAUUAAGCAACAUCUGCAGCGGCUGCAGGGGGAGGUCUGCGUCCGAGAUGUCCCUAAUUGCUUCGUGUAUCUGCUGCCAGUAUGGUUCUAUUAGCGAACACGACCACCAUACAUGAAGCCUCGUGCCCGGUUCCAAGCCGCACCUCCAGCACUCCCCGGGGAUUGACUCGUGAACAUGACGUAAUGUAUCUGGGGUUCUGUGCCAGCCAGUUAAAACUUUGUAGUUACAUUCCUGAUAUUUGGAGCAUAUGCUCCCUUUGUGUGUCAGCAGAAAGAUUUUGUCCCAUUCGCGGUCUGUGAGAAUCGUACCAGUCUCCUGCUCCCAGCGCUUAGUGAAUCCCAAGGGGGUCCCGCUCCCCUGCUGCUGGAGCAUUGCAUAUAACGUGGACACUCCGUGCGUGAGGUGUUGCCUGUCCACACAUGCCCGUUCCAGCGGUAGCAGUGUUCUGUGGAUCUUGCCUUUCCCCAGUAGGGAGAGGUAAUACCUGUGCAAUUGAUGGUAGCGGAAUUCAUCCAAUCCGGUCGGGGUGCGUUCUGGGAUCAGAUCCUGUAGUGGCUUGAGGGUUACAUCAUUACACCAUUGCCGCAGGUAGGUCCAUUCCGUCGCCGCGUAGUUCUUGAGGUCUGCCAACUUAAGUCCUCCCGCUAGCCGCGGGUUGUUAGUUAUAGGAAUCAGCGGGUUUGGCAUCGUGGUCAAUUGUUUCGCGUAUCUGAUCCUACACCACACUCGCAGUGUGGAGUCAAUCAUCGGAUUUCCCGUGUGAAUGUCACCCAGAGCAGUGCCGUCCAACCACAGCAGGGAAGGAAUCCGUCCUUGCGCUUCUUGCCUCUCCAUGUCAACCCACUGCUUGGUGGUCGGGUGCUUGCCAAUCUACCAGACGGCAUAGAUGAGUCGCCUGGUAGUAGGUGAUCACUGAUGGGAGACCCGUGCCCCCCGCAUGUUUUGGUCGCUCCAGGACUGACCUGCCAACACGUGCCGCUCCCUGGUUCCAAACAAAUUUCCGUAUGGUGGUUAAGGAUUGAAAGAACGACUGCGGGAUAUACGUCGGCAGCGUCUCGAACAAGUAAAGGAUUCUUGGCAUCACAUUCAUCUUUAUGGCGUUGAUCCGCCCAGGAGAUGUACUGGGAAGUCCAUUUUUUCAUAUCCCCCUGUAGAAUCGUGAGUAGAGGUGUAAAGUUGAAUGAGUAUACGUCUUUUAAGUCGUUUGGCAGCCAUAUUCCCAGAUAUUUGAGCUUCGACUGACACACCCGUAAUGGGAAGUGCUCGCGAAGGUGCCUCAGCGUGGUGUCUCCUGAGGCCAACGGCAUAGCCUCAGACUUGUCUAGGUUGAGCGAGAGGUUUGAGACCACGGCAUAUUCCCUGAACGCUUUCAACAGGUUAGGUAUUGAGAUCCGAGGUUGCUCCAAAAAAAAUAGCAUGUCGUCCGCGUAGGCCGCCACUCUAUGUUCACUCCGACCCAUGCGGAGCCCCGUGAUACCCCCAUCCCGUCUGACCGCCUCCAGAAAUGGUUCUAGAGUGAGGGCAACCAGGAGGGGGGACAACGGGCAUCCUUGCCUCGUACCGUUGCAGACCGUGACUGGUUCAGAGAGUGCGCCAUUACCCUGAUUCGCGCCGACGGCCUCGCGUAUAAUGCCGCCACCCAAGUGCGGAGGUGCUGCCCAAAUCCCAUAUGCCUCAUUGACUCCAAGAGGAACAUCCAGUCCACGCAGUCGAACGCCUUUUCGGCGUCUGUAGACAAGAGCACCAGCUCACGCCUGUUGGCCUUCGCCACGUGUAUUAUCCUGGGCUUCCCUCCCCGGAAUAAAUCCGACCUGGUCGGGGUGUAUGAGGUCAGGCGCCACCCGAGCCACCCUCAACGCCAGAGCCUUGGCGAAUACCUUCAGGUCCGCGUUUAAUAGCGAAAUAGGCCUGUAGCUCGCGCAGCUCGUGGGGUCCUUGCCCUCCUUUGGGAUGAGUGCUACCGUAGCCCUUAGUGUAUCUGCCUGGAACUGGCCUCCCGUGCGCAACGAAUUUCACCCCUCCAGGAGCCUCGGUAGUAGGACCUCCUUAAACUCGCGGAGGUAUCCCACCGGCAGGCCAUCCGGGGCCCUAUUGGGCUGUGCUGCUUUCAGCGCUCCCGCCAGCUCCUCCAGUGUCAGGGGUUGAUCGAGCUCAGCUUCCUGCUCCGGGGUUAUCCUGCGGGCAACGUGUCUGCCCAGGUAGGUAGCGACCCGCACCUCAUGCGGUCUUCUCUGGGAGUCGGAUCGGGUGCCAGCUAGAUCGUACAAGGCCUCGUAAUAUUUUUGAAAUGCUCACAGAAUGCCGUCCGGGAGGUGUGUGACUGUUUGCCCCUGCGUGCGAAUCUUGUGUAUAUGUUGUGCCCUCCUCUUAUCCUGUAGCAUUUUUGCGAGCAGUCUGCCGCACUUGUUGGAAUGCUCGUAAAAGAACCUUGCCGCCUUAAGCGCAGUAUGGAGCAGGCCCUGGGUUAAUAUGGUGCGGAGCUCUCGUCGUGUCUCCGUCAAGAUGCAGUAGGUCUCGUUAUCUAACGUGCGCUUGUGAGCCUGUUCCAGCUCUGCCACCCGUCCCGCCAGCCGAACCAAACGAGCUGUGCGUUCCUUUUUACGUUUUGUGCUGAUCGCUAUGAGGCGUCCCCGGAUGACACACUUGUGUGCCUCCCAGAGCGUCAAUGGAGCUAUCUCAGGCAAGCUACUAAUGGUAGAGUAGUCCGUCAGGGCUUGCGACACCUCUGCCACCAGGAGAGGAUCGUCCAAGAGGGUCUCAUUUAACCUCCAUUGCCUUUCCGUGGGUUUGAAUAGGGGGGCACUCGUAUGUACUAUCAUUGGCGCGUGGUCCGACUGUUCCAUGCUCCCUAUCUCCGACUCUUGCGCAAGGAAUACGUAAUCUAUGCGGCUAUAGUGAGCAUGGACCGCCGAGUAGUAAGUGUAAUCCCUAUCCUCCGGAUGGUUCGCCCUCCAGCAGUCCACCAAGCCCAAUUUGUGUAGUUAGCGCAGCGUUGCCCGCAGGCAGUGUGUGGGGAUCGCGCUGACACCUCAGGACGUGUCCCUAUGAGGGUCCAAUGGAAGGUUUGUCUCCUGCCACCACCAGCAGCCCCUCUCGAAAUCUCCCCAACUUGGCUAACGUCUGCCCAAUGAACGUAUGUUGCCGUCUGUUGGGGCAAUAUAAGCACGCAAAGGUGUAUGUGAAAUCCGCUAUAGUAUCUUUGAGGAAUAGGUAUCGCCCUUGGGGGUCCGCUUGCAUCCCCGUGCAGUGAAACUGUGUCGUGCUCGCGAACAAUAUCGCUACUCCCGCUUUUUUGGCCUCCGGGUGUCUCCCAGCUUCGGGGCAUCCCCUUGACGAAAAUGCGUCUCCUGCAGGAACACCACGGGCUUCUCCGGGAUGUUUAGGCCUCUAACGUUGAGGGACCAGUAGGUUAGUCGGGCUGGGGUGAAUCCCGCGCUGGCCCGCCGCGCCCCGGUGCGACCCACAGGGAGGAAACAAAAAAAGGGGGUGGGGGGGGAAGGAAGGGGGAAAUUACUUAUUGAGGAUGUGACAGUGACCCUGUACCGGAUCUCGUCGGUCAGUUGUGGAACGUCCCCUCCGUCCCCAAAUGCCCCGGUAUUAUGUACAGAAUGAGUCUGUCACAGUGGGGUUCUACCGUGUCUCCGUAUAUAUGGAGCUGUCUCAGUCGUCUAUAUCGUGUCUACCCUCUCCUCCCGUGGCUCCCAACCUGCCAGUAUCGCAAUACUCCUGCGUUUGCCCUGGGGGCAACCCGCCGUCACGUGGGCAGCAGCCCUGCUCUCUAGGGACCUAUGGACACCCCCGGUCAGCAGGGAUCAGCCCAGUUGCACGACCGUCCAUCUCCGGGUUACCUACUCCUCCCGCCUCGACCCUCUGGAGCCUCCGUAGCUAACAGUGCUCGCCUCCACCCCCCCACGACCCCCACCUCUGGAACCAGCCGCAGGGGGGCGAGCCGGUAAUACAGGUGCCUUACCCCUAGCCAUCCUCCAGCCACCCCAGGCCAGGUCCCACCUGUCUACCCCUGCCGUCCCCUCCAGCUGACGCCCAAGCUGGGCUUAUUCCUUAUAAGUACCUCCCUAACCGCAGGGACUCCGGCGCAACUCAUCAGGCGCUUUAGCAACCCUAUCUCCACCCGCCCACCUACCGUGUGCCAGGUUGAGGCCUGACCUCGGCCGGCGGGCCUCCACUCUCCCCCCGCUCUCUGAGCCCGCCAGGCCUGCUGUGACCGCUCUCAACCCCCCUUUACCUCCGUGUGUCCUCCGUCCACUGGCUCUAAAGGUGUACCCAUUGAGGGUUAAAAAAACAGAACAAGUCUGCAGCACUCGAACUAUGUACACCCAACCUCCGCGUCCCACAGCUCCCCUCCUUCUGCUCCUAGUGCGCCAUGUGAAUGGUGAGGCAUCCCCCCAUACCCCUGGGCGUACAGUGACUGCACAUACCCCCGGGGACCCCCCAGAUCAGGUCCAGCAGUCUCUCCCCGAGUCCCAUCGGGCGCCAAUGUUCAGCUCGCGGCCCGUUCCUCCCACCUCACCUCUCUUUUUCCCACGUCCAGCCCCCCUCUAGUGAGCCACCAUCGCUCCCAUAGGCCUACCUCAAGCCCCCCAUACCCCCCACCCAACCUGCUGGAGCCCCGUGGGUACCUGCCCUCUAAAUUGCCGUCCACCAUGCCGUGUCUCUGGUCGGUUCCGUUUCGGGAGGGACCCGGGGAGCCCGUGUCCCAGCCGGUCAGGACAGUGUUCCGUCGGCUACUCCUCCGGUCCUGCUGGGCCUCCUCUGCAUUGCUGCGGUCCGGGCGUCAGGCGGAGAUUAUUGGCCACUUCCGCCGGUCCUGUUGCCCUCGCCGGGGGUCCCUCGAGAAUCCAGUUUGGGAUCCGCACCUCCGGUAAGCCAGCAGCCACUAGAAAGCGCGGCACUUCAUUCGGCCAUCGGAUGCUGUGCCACGUGGUUCCGAUCCGCGCCUGCAGACUAAAAGGGAACCCCCACCGGUAGGGAAUCCUCCGCUCCUGUAGCAAGCGGGUAAGAGGUCUCAGAGCUCUCCGGGUGUCUAAAGUGAUCGGUGAGAGGUCUUGGUACAGCGAGACUGUAGCGUCCAUGUAUAGGAUCCGUGGCUGCGCCCUGGCUGCCUGCAUGAUGGCCUCCUUAAGCUGGAAAGAGGCCAGAGCGCAGACCACGUCCCGUGGUAGGCCAUCUCUCCUGGGUGCUCUCAAGGCCCUGUGGGCUCUUUCUAUACCAAAAUCGGCCGGGGCAUUCUCCCUCAACAGCUGCGCAAAGAGGCCGGUAAGCAGCUCCUGCGGCACCUCUCCCUCUGCUUCCGGCAGGCCCCGUAUUCUAAUAUUAUGUCGCCGUCCCCGAUUGUCUAACAGGAUAUUCCCCUGCCGGGUAGUAGCCAAGUCUGUGGCCUGUUGACGCUGAUCAGCUUGCAGACGGUCGGCCUCAAGCCCAUCCACACGCUGCUCUAGGGCAUUAAGGUCAGUCCGCAGCACCGCCACCUCUUCCCUGAUGAUGGCGCGCAACUCGGACACCAUGUCUGCCUUGUCAGCGCGCGUUAACAUGCUGGCUGAGAUCCGGGCUACAUCUGCCGCUAGUUGGGUCAGGGUACCCGCCGUCGGCGAGCCUUUACCAGAGGUAGCCGCGCUCGAUCCGGGAGAUGUGGGCCCGGCGUGUCUGAGUCCCCGCCGUCGCGGAGGCCUCGUGGCGUCGCCAAAAACCCGUCCAUCGAGCCAGGUGGGUAUCGGGUCACCAUCGGGCCGGGGUGGUCCUGGGAUGUUGCUCGUUUAGUCUUCCCCAUUUUUUAAAGAAAUAUCGCUGGUUUCCAGGCUGUAACACAAGGCUUGACAGGUUGGGGCCUAGGAGCCCUGGUGGAGUGCGACUUACUCCAUUAACAGUCAGGCCACGCCCCCCGAUGCUCUUUGAUGUCUUUGCGGACACCCUAUGUUGGCUCCUCAAUAUUGUCAAAUGUCUGGUUGUGAUCCAUUACCCGGAUGACUUAUUGACAAUUGAGGACGGGUCAAUUAGAGGCUAGCCUCCCUGCGGACAAGUUCCUGAGAAUCAGAAAUGACGUGCAUGAAUUAAUGAGGAUCAGAGCUUGUUCACGAAAAGACUUACAAUCUUUAUAGGGCAGUCUUAACUUUGCCAUGCGAAUUAUCCCUCAGGGUCGAUAAUUUAAUUUAUUCAGGCUGUUGUGCUUCCUACCUGGUGCCCCGGAUAACCACAGCAUGUAUACCCUGGAUUUAAACUCCCGAGCCAAUUUAAUCAUGUGGCAACAUUUCCUAGACAAUUGGAAUGGCAGCUCUAUGUUUGUUCCCCCAAUGUCCGAUAAAUCACCGGUCAUUUGGACACAAAUACUUAACUCUUUUUCCCAAACUACAAACCCUUCAUGUCCACUUAUCCUAUAAAAAAUUAUACUUAAGGAUGUUCAGCGGGUAGGCAUCGUGUACGCACCUAAACGACAACCUGUUGACAGCCCCAGGUUUAGAGCCCUAUCCGACAUGCUAGACAGCAAACCAUUUUACUCACAAGUUAUUAAAGCAGCCUUUUAUGGUUUCUUAUGCCCCCUCGAAUUUACAAUAGGCUCCUCAGUGGAGGCACCACUAUGUUUGAAAUUCAGAGAUCUCAUUAAAACGGGAGAUCAUCAGAAGAUUAUCAUCAAACACAGAAAAAGCAACCAAACUGGUACGGCAGUAGAAAUUCCAUUUUACCCCACGGGAAACAAAUGGUGCCCGGUAUCAAUUCUAAACGAAUAUAAUCAGACUUUCACAGCUUAUUCAUGCAAUACACCAUUACUAUCCUUACACGAGCAACCCCUAACUACAACCAAAUUCAUGCUGUACGGUAGGACCCUAUUCCUGAAAUUAGGUUUUGACCCUACAACAUUUUCAGGACUUUCGUUUAGGAUAGGAGCGGCUUCAGCUGCAUCAAGCAAGAAUGUACCUGUUCACAUAAUCAAAAAACUAGAAAGAUGGAAAUCCUCUGUAUAUGUUGGAUAUAUCCCACAACCAGAAUUAGAAGUAAGGCAAGCAUUUAAAAGUUUGGUAUCAUAAUAUGUUGUAUAAAUGCAAUUAAGUGUGUAUUCAUUGAAACCUUUUGCCCUCUUUAUUUAUACAGGCUUAUCCGAACGUCGGUUUUGGCACGACACAACAGAGUAAUUUAAAAAAAGAGUCCUUGACUACAAAUAUAUAUUUACUAUUUCACCGUGCCGUGGUGCAAACCCAAGUUGAUAUUUGUAGAAUAGACAAAAUGGUGUACUUGUAGGACUUUUUUCAAUAACUGUGUUUAAUUCAGUUGCAUAUCAAGAUCUUGAGAAAGACCUGAAUAGGUCAUAAUGUCGAUCUAGGACGACACAUAUAUGAUAUGUAACUGAUAUAAACCUAUUAAAAAGAAAAAUAGGACCUACAAGUGCACCCCUAUCUAUCCACACCAGUUUUAAAUUUUCAGUGCCCCUCCCGAGAUUGGGUUCUGGAUCCGCCCCUAUCUGUGACCUAGUAAGAGUGGAGGAAUGUAAAGCCGGGUCCAUAAUGUGAUAUGGGUCCCCACAGAUUAGAGUGAUGCCUUUUUGAACAUGAUUAAGCUUAGCCAGGGUGUGUUGUAAGAAACUCAGUGGACCUGAGGUGGAUAAAAAUAUACCUCGCAAUUUGGUAAGGUGGGUUGCAUGGUGUUGAAUCGGAUAGUGAUUUAAGCCAAAUGAGGGCAGUUUCACUUUCACAAAGCGUGUCGCUUGGAAAAAUAGUAUGUCGACCUGGUCAUAUCUAAGUAACAGUGGUCUUUUUUGAGGUAUGUUAAGACCUCUUGCGUUAUGAGAACUUUCAUAAAGUGGGGUGUAAAGAUCCGCUAAGGAACCAAUGCUAAUAACUAUAGUGGCGUGGGCAUAUACUUCAGUAACAGGCAGCGUUGUGUUGGAGCUAAAGAACAUGCAUAUUCAUAACCUGUAUUGCUACCGAAGAAGCUGGGGGCUGUUUUCUUGAGGCAUGAAAGCUUAGGUACGGUUGACAGUCUGUGUUAUCGGGGGUCAUCGGCAGCAGCUGUAAGAGGCUAAAGGACCCUGGUUUGGUACAAUAGUUAGUAAACUGCUUGGUUGGGUGGUAGGUGUGAGGAACCUCCCACUGGCACCAUAUAAAAUAUCAGGACCAGCCAGGAACCUCCGUUCAGUUGCGGGUAUUUGAUAGGGGGGGUGAUUGAAAAGUUGACAAAAGUAAAAACACAGAAAAAAAGAUAUAUACUUGAUUAUCCUGAAAUAUGGGUAUAGUGUGGGUUUUCUAUAGGGAACAUGGAAUAUGGUCAAGAACAAACUGGGUUAGAGGGGGUUGGCCAGAAACAUUUAAACAAUACAUUCACACAAGACAUUCAUGUCCGCCAUGGAGUUGUGUGCUUCGGGGUAUUUGCCCAUUUUCUCCUACAUAUGAGCCAAGGUCUUGAAUGUUCCUACACAAUGCCUCCUCCAGGCCCGUCAGUGCUUUUUGGAUCUCCGCGCCGGCCGUAAGUUUUGCCAAUUUUUCUUGUUAAAAAUUUAUCUUUUCAGCUCUUUUGUUGGUGCUUCGAUUUUUGCUUUGGGACAUUUGUUAUAGUCGAUAUUCCCGUGUCUCUGAACUCUUACUGUAGCAUCUGACCUCUGGACACACCCCUUGGUUUUUUUUGGGGGGUGUCCUUUUUUUUUUCUUCUACUUUAGAUACUGAAUACUGUUUAAGUUGUACCUGUAUACAUUCCACUGUGGAUUCUUUGGUAUAUAUUUAAAUAUCUGGCUCACUGUGUAGUUUUGACCACAGUACACAAGGGGUUUUUGUUUAUGCUGUCAAGCUGAUAUUUCUGAAGUCUCACGUGUACAACAGUACCUUACAUCUACAGGUUUUAUGGUGUUCUGGAAAGUUUCAGGGUUAAAUACAGGGCUUGUAAAUUAAAUUAGUAAUAAUUAUGGAAAUAUAGUAGAUAAAUAUACAUUGCAAAAAAAAAUAAUUAAAAAAAAAUAAAAUAUAUAUAUAUAUAUAUAUAUAUAUAUAUAUAUAUAUAUAUAUAUAUUACACACACAUACAUACAUACACACAAGUCUGUCGUGAUCACAUGCUCUGGAGGGCCUGAAAGGAAGUAGGGGGACUGCCUGUCUCCUGAGGCAGUUCCCACAUGCCGGGAACGCCGCUGAUCAGCGGGCCAGGUAAGUAAAUGGCGGCUGGGGAGCGCAAGAUCGUUAGGACGUACUAUGCCACCCUAAUGGCGUUUAGGCUCACUAAAUGCGGGGCGGCAUAGUGCAGCGUUGAGGAGUUAAAUUGGCUUCCAUAUAUAAAUAAUUGAUGAGAAAUCAAAGCCCCAUUUCUCCUGAUUAACAUGAUAUGUAAUAAGUGUGGGUGCACUUAAUAGGAAAGGUAAAUUAUGGUUGAACAAACAUAUAGCUGAAAUUCUAGGUUUUAGUUUUGUUUUUGUCAGAACUUGUUUAGUUGCCUCUGUCCUUAAGAGGUUAAAGGGACACUAUAGGAUCAGGAGCACAAACUUUCCUCAACCUAUAGUGUUAAAACCACCAUCUAGCCCCUCUGCCCCUUUAAAUAUAGUAUUAUUUUACCUUUUACUCCAGUCUGCUGCUGCUGGCUCUGCCCCUUAUCUGCUUGCUUUGCUGCCAUCAUCAGAAGUAAUGAUCAAAGGCCAAUUACAAUGCUUUCCUAUUGGAAAACACUGGAUUGGCUGAACUUGUCAAGGAUGCAGAUCAGGGGCAGAGCCAGCCCUGGCCAAUCAGCAUAUCCUCAUAGUGACACAUUGAAUCGAUUAAUCUCUCUGAGGAAAGUUCAGUGUCUCGAUGCACAGGGCAACAGGGGCUAAAUAUCAGUCAUACUGUGCAGCACUGUCCCAGCAAGCAUCCCUAGUAGCCGUCUGAGGAGUGGCCAGUGGAGGUAUCCCUGUGCUGUAAUAUUAAACCCUGCCUUUUCAUUGGAAAAAAAAUAAGCUGUAGUUGUUCUGUGACUACAGUGUCCCUUUAAGCCCAGUUUCUACCAUACAAGAGAAUGUUCCCUUAGUAUUGUAUGUGUUUUGUUAUAGUCACAUAUAUAUUGAAAAAAAUGAAGUCUUUCUUUCAAUAGACUAUAUUUAUAGCUAAUACAGCAUUACGUGUGCAUAAAAUCAACUUGGUGUCCACAUAUUUUAAUGUUUCAAGUUAAAUCCAUCCAUCCAACUCCUAAAUGGCAGAGAAUUGAGCAGUGAUGUUGCAGAGGCAUGAUCUAUACAACAAAACUGCUUCAUUAAGCUAAAAUUGUUUUGAUGACUAUAGUGUCACUUUUAACCCCUUCCCGACCCAGGACGGUUCAGGACCGUCAUCAGCAUUUUUGCCUUGCAGACCGAUGACGGUCCUGAACCGUCCUAACGGUCUCCGUUACUUACCUGAUCGCCGUCGUUCUCCCGGCGGCGAUCAGCGUGGCUCCGGUUGUGGGGAGACUGCCUGCAGCCCAGACAGUCUCCCCACACUGAUUUAGGACCCCUGUGGCCAUGUGAUCGCUUAACACAGCGAUCACAUGGUCACAAUAGGUGUCCAUGUGUCCGCCUGCAGGGGGACUGCCUGUGCUGACAGGCAGUCUCCCUGCUAGUGUAAAAUCAAAAAAAUUCAAUAAAGUUAAUGUUAAUAAAAAAAAUAACUAUAUAGGUGUAUAUAUGAUAUAUAGACAUAUAUUAUAUCUAUAUAAUAUGUGUCUAUAUAUCAUAUAUAUAAUGCCAUACUAAGUGUAUUUUUAUAUUAAUAUGUACUUAUAUUAAUAUAAAAAUACACUUAUAAUUAAAUUACACACGUGUGUGUGUAUAUAUAUAUAUAUAUAAUUAUAUAUAUUGUGUGUAUAUAUAUAUAUAAUAAAAUAUAAAUAAUAAGUAAUUUAAAUUAAAUUUUUUUUUUUAAUAAUAAAAAAUUUAAAAAAAAUUAUAUAGCUAUAUGAAAUUUUAUUCUAACUGUAUUUUAAAAUUAAUAUAUAUAUAUAUAUUUAUAUCAAAAUACACUUAAAAUGAAUUUGUAUAUAUAUCUAUGUAUAUAAAAAUAAAUAAAAAUAAUAAGAAAUAUACAUAUGUCCAUAUACAAAAUUACAUAAAUAAUUAUAUAAAUAUACACGUAGACCUCAAAUAUAUAAAUAUGCAUAUAUAUUUAAAUUCUACGUGCGUAUUUAUGUAAUAUUUUUACAUAAUUCAGUAAUUUUAUUGAUUGCAAUUUGAGGGACCUGCCUGCCAACCCAGGCCGAAAUUCCAGAGAAUUUAAUUUGCUAGCACUGUAUUUUACCCUGUAACGUUCUACGACACCCUAAAACCUGUACAUGGGGGGUACUGUUUUACUCGGGAGACUUCGCUGAACACAAAUAUUAGUGAUUCAAAACAGUAAAACAUAUCACAGCGAUGAUAUUGUCAGUGAAAGUUACUUUUUUUGCAUUUUUCACACACAAACAGCACUUUUACUGAUGAUAUAAUUGUUGUGAUACGUUUUCCAGUUUUUAAACACUAAUAUUUGUGUUCAGCGAUGUCUCCCGAGUAAAACAGUACCCCCCAUGUACAGGUUUUAUAGCAUUUUUGAAAGUUACAAGGUCAAAUAUAUGGGUCAAAUAUUUUUACAUUGAAAAUGGCCAGGUUGGUUACGUUGCCUUUGAGAGCGUAUGGUAGCCCAGGAAUGAGAAUUACCCCCAUGAUGGCAUACCAUUUGCAAAAGAAGACAACCCAAGGUAUUGCAAAUGGGGUAUGUCCAGUCUUUUUUAGUAACCACUUGGUCACAAACACUGGCCAAAAUUAGCGUUCAAUUUAGUUUUUUUACUUUUUUCACACACAAAUAUGAAUGCUUACUUUGGCCAGUGUUUUCAACUAAAAACUAAGACUGGACAUACCCCAUUUGAAUACCCUGGGUUGUCUACUUUAAAAAAAAUAUGUACAUGUGGGGUGUUAUUCAGAGAUUUAUGACAGAUAAUAGUGUUACAAUGUCACUAUUGAUAAAUUUUAAAAAUGUAUGUUUUGAAACCGCAAUAUCCUACUUGUACCUAUAGCCCUAUAACAUGCAAAAAAAAGCAAAAAAGCACGUAAACACUAGGUAUUUUUAAACUCAGGACAAAAUUUUGAAUCUAUUUAGCAGUUUUUUUCAUUCGCUUUUGUAGAUGAGUAAAAGAUUUUUCAAGUAAAAGUCAAAAAAACAUGUAUUUUUUUCAAUUUUUCAUCAUAUUUUUUAUUUUUUUUAAAUUAAAAUACAUGAGAUUAUAUAAAUAAUGGUAUGUAAAGAAAGCCCCUUUUGUCCUGAAAAAAACAAUAUAUAAUUUGUAUGGGAACAGUAAAUGAGAAAGCGGAAAAUUACAGCCAAACACAAACACCACAAAAGUGUAAAAAUAUGCCUGGUCGCAAAUGUACAACAUCGCAAAAACAGUCCAGUCCUUAAGGGGUUAAAAACAUUUUUUUUAAAUUCUUUUUUCAUACGAUAGGUGUAGCGGACUCAAGUCAACAUUUGGGCUUGCGCAGAAGCCAGUAUUUGAGAGGUCAUUCAUAACAAUACAAUAUAUAACUUUAGUUUACAUGACAUUCCUCUUUGUGAUCACUUUGUGCCCUGCCUCCCAUCGAGGAUUUUUUGUUUAAACCAGGCAGUUUAGCUUUGUAAGGAUCCCUAGCUCUACAAAGGCCAGUUUCGUCUUUAGGUAUCCUCGUUUCAUCGACAGUGUAAUCAUGCCUGGGUGAGUUAGAAAUAAAAGUGAAGAAAAAAAUGGAAAAGAGAGAGAAAAGAGAACGGUGCUCCCGUAAACCUAGGGAUGGAAUGAGAAGAAGCGAGCUCAGAAAGAAAGAGUAAAGUCGAAGGAGGUGGGAUAAAAUAGGGAGCUAGAAGAGUGCAAGUGCAAGAGUGCAUAUGUGCAAGUUUUUACAUUCUGUUUUGUGGUGUUUUGUAUUUUAACUUCUUUUUGAAUUUCCAUCAUUCCAGAUGAAACAAAGCAAUAUUUGAAACCAUCCAAUGAAGAAUGCAUUUACCCAGGAAUAACUACAUUAAGAAACAGGUAUGUAAAUGGUAAUUUAAAAAAAUGCAAUAUUUGAAGCAUUUAAAGUGGCUCUUUCACCUCAAACUUGCCAUUCUCCUAUUGUUUCCUCCUUUAUGGAUGCCUUACCCUUGGAGGCUACACCAGAAAAAUGUUGGCCAUGACAGUCUGUGUCUGUCAAUUGGAAGCAGCUUUGGAAGCUUCUCUUUUGAAUUGUAUGUUAAGCUCUGACCUUGUGAGAUCAGCGAUCCUCCCCCAUUUUAUGUUUUUUAUGCUUUUUAUGCUGAAGUGGUAUAUGCAAACCUGACUCUAUAGUGUUAAAACCACCAUUUAGGUGGCUUGCCUCCAUUAGCCUCCUUAAAGAGUAAUAAAAGUUACCUUAUUUUCAGCGCCGCGUGGGUCCGUCGGCACCGGCCCUGCCCCCUGUCUGACUCCUUGCUGACAUCAUCAGAAUUUAUGAAUUUUAGUCAGUCUAAUGCUUUCUCUGAAAAGGCAGUGUUUGCAUGAAAACGUCUGCCUCGAAUGAUUAAACUGUCGUUGUUCUGGUGACUAUAGUGUUCCUUUAAUAUUGCAGAAGUGUUGUGCAAUCCAUAUAAUGACACAGUUUUAUUCACUACAAGCCAAGACGCAUGCCACCUACACCUCUACCACAGGUUUUACUCUAGUUCAAGUGAAGUGUGUACCCCAAAUGCCACAUAACCUAACAUAACUUGGCAAAUUCACUGGGUAUCUUUUAGCCCAGCUCAGAUUUUGGACCGAUAACUUGUUUACAACAGCCACCAAAGCAAAAUAUAGAUUCAGCUGUGUAGCUUCCUGCAACCCUUAGGAGUUAAAAGAACGCUUUGACUUGUUACCUGGGGUGUGAUAAGUACCUGUGCAGGACUUGGCUCAUGAGCUGAGAGCAGUCAGGUGACCAGUGGUGACUUUAGGAACAAUAGAUAUCACAAUUGGUGAUAAAAACAUAUCUUUUUCCCUGCAUCUUGCGCUUUAAUCACUGCUCUGCCUCCCAUGUCUGGAGUCACAAGUCAAGAUGGGCGGAGAGAGAUCAGGUGAGGACAGGUAGAUUUGUGUGCCAUCAGCAUAUUAAUGAUAAUGGAAGCCAAAUGAGCUGAUGAGUUUAGGAAGGGAGGCAGUAUAGAUAGAGAACAGUAGGGGAGCAAGGACAGAACCUUGGAGAUCGGAGACAGAGAAGGGUUGGGGAGAAGAGGCAGAGCCAGAGAAAAAAACCACUGAAAAAGCGCUGGGAGAGGUAGGAGGAGCACCAGAAGAGAGCAGUAUCUUGUAGACCGAGAUUAUGGAGAAUGAGAAGAAGCUGUUGAUCAACAGUGUCAAAGGCAGCAGAAAGAUCAUGGAGAAUUAGGAUAGAGUAAUGGCCGCGAGAUUUAGCAGCGACUAAAUCGUUGUAUACUUUGGUCACAGCUGUUUCAACAGAGUGGCGAGCACGGAAUCCAGACUGAAGUGGGUCAAGCAGAGAGUUGGAUUCGAGGAAGUCUGUCAAUCUCGCGUACACAAUUCUCUCAGGGAUCUUGAAGGCAAACUGCAAUAGCAAUAUAGGGCGGUAGUUGGAUGGGGAGUUUGGGUCGUGGUUGGGCUUUUUAGAGUUGGAGUUAUGGAUGCAUGCUUGAAGGGUGAAGGAAAUGUGCCGGAGGAAACGGAGAGAUUGAAAACUUUAGUGAGAGGAAGAGCAAGAGAAGGAGACAAAGUGCGGAUAAGAUAUGAGGGAAUAGGAUCGAGGGAACAGGUGGUGGGACUGGAGCAGAGUUGAAACCUCUUCUGUUGUAGUAGGUGCGAAUGAGCAUAGAACUGUGGAGUGAGUGGGGUUGGGUGAUGUAUUGGAAGGGUAGGGAGAGAGAUUAGAGAUCUCUACCCUGAUUAUAACUCACUUCACUGAGAAGAUUUCUACAAAGUCUGAGGGGGACAGGGUGGUAGGAGGAGGGGGAGCAACAGGGCAAAGGAGCAUUAAAAGUGUGAAAAGGGCAUUUGGGUUGGCGGGACAGUGUGCUUAUUAGGGUGUUGAAGUAAUUUACUUUGCAGAGGAAAGGGCAAGAGUGUAGGAGCAUAGCAUACAUUUUUUUUUACGUUAUUUUUUUUUUAUAAUUCUCUACUUUCAAAGUGCAGAGUUAAUUACACAAAGUAAUAUUGCUGAAUGAGAUGACAGAUGUUGUACAUGUUAAUGACAAGAUAUGCUGCACUUUUUUUUUUUUUUAAAGAAAAGAUAACAGGACAAUCGAUUCAAACUGACAACAAGUACUGUUAUAAAUGCAUGAAAUUCUAGUAGAUGCUUAGUUAACUGAGAUCGCAAUCUUGUUAUCAGGAAGGCCCAACCACGCACGCGUGGAAAAGUUAAAGGCAUUAGUGGAAUGUGAGCUGUUAUGGGGUUGAAAAUACAGUCCACUUAGGCUAAUUGUGGCCUUUCCUCAGUUUGACCUUGCAAUAUUUAGAAUAAACAAAAGGAAAACGAAAAACAAUAAAAAAAAAAAAAAAAUUAAACAUGAAGAGUGUAGCUUAUACAGCCUGUCGCCAAGUUCAGCCAAUGCCUUGGGGGAGGCAAUAUAGAGCCCUGAGAGUUCCAGUAUUGGGCCUGUCUUCUUGCUGGCUUGGGGGUAUGUUGUAGAUUGACCAGAGCAGGACCCGCUCAACGGGGCCCGAUGGAUCCCCCUCGCUGUCGCCAGAAACUAGUGUGAAUAUGGGUGCAGGUUCUUCAGGAAUCCUGUGUAUGACAGUGCCUGGAAGCUGGACUGGGUUUCUGUUUUCUUUCGUUGGGUGGCAGCCGCCUCUUGGUGUGGACGCUUGGGUUUGCUUGCGGGUGGGUAACGUCGCAGUCUGUGGCUCCAUUUACAGGUCUGCUUCAUCAGGCUAUGUGAGCCUUUCAGAUGAGAGCAAGAGGGCAGUGCCACAGGUGAGUACCCUUCUGGAGACUGUGUAAGAGCCUGCUGUUCUCUCAGCUCUAGCUGUCUCCAGAAGGCUGUGAAUACUGCAUCCAGCCAUGCUUGGAGGUCAAGCCCCUGUGCUGUAUCAUUAUUCCUUGUGACGGUCUCUGCCAUUUUGAGGCCAGUAAGCUUUGCCUGGGGAUGCUGCCACAGGGCUCGGUGGGGCCCUCCCGCAACAGGGGAGCGUUUGGUGCCAGUAUGUGCCCCUUGAUAUCACCUCACGGUUGGUUGCCCAUUUGUGGCAUUUAAAGGCUGUUUGUGGCUUGUGGUCAGCAAUGUAUGCCUGGAAGAGCAAGAGCAGCACUACCCUGCGUCUGCUCAGCUCAGCCGUCAGGCUCUGCCCCCCAGGAGCGCAACAUAAAUUUAUAGUGGAUAAAGUCAGAUGCAGAGUGAGAGUUUCUCCAACAGCGUUCAGCAGCUCUGGAACAUUUUUGGAGAUAUUGGGUCAGCUUGGUGUGCCAGGGUUGUAAUUGGUAAUGCUUGCUAUGUUUAAAUGUAGGAGGUGCCAUGAUGUCUAGUUGAGAUGAGAGGUUGCAGAGUUAUGGCAAGUGAGAUUUGAGAUGGGUAAAAGGAGAGUUUGGAGUUUGGUGGAGAAAUGCUGGAGAUCAAUGCUGUGGAGGUUUCUGCAAGAUUAGAGAGUUGAGGGUGGUGAGAUUUGGGUAUGGGACAUGCCGAUGUCAAAGUUCAGCACAUGGUGGUCAGAUAAUGGAACAAUGGAGAGAUUAGAGGUGGUACAGAGAUUGGUGAAGAUGAGGUCAAGAAUGUUUCCUAUGAGUUUCUGAAGUAGAUUACUGUGUGUGGCCAAAGGAGGAGGUUACAGAGACCAAUAGGUUUUUUUACAAUCUAGGCCCCUGCGUUCUGCCAAAGACCUAUGUCUAUCCUCUAUCCGUACUCUCUCAUCUGAUGCUCACCUCCAAGACUUCUCCAGGUCUGCACCUUUUCUGUGGAACUCCCUUUCCCGUUAGACUUUCACAGUCUCCACUCCUUCAAAAAAUCUUUGAAAACGCACUUCUUCAGGAAAGCAUAUCAUUUAAACUGUUAGUGGGUUUUUAUUCUCCUCCCCCAUUAAACCCUUUGUGUCAAUAUACCCCACUCUCUCUAGCAUGUAAACUCAUUGAGCGGGGCCCUCAACCACUCUGUUCAUGUGCAUCCAUUUGUCUGGUUACAAUUAUGUGUCUGUAUGUUCACCCAUUGUACAACGCUAUGGAAUUUUGCUGGUGCUAUAGAAAUAGUAAUAAUAUCAAGACUACCAUACAGCAGCUAUACACCAAAAAUGAAAAAGUGCCCUUUACCAAGAAAGCACAGCUAUAUUACUACUUAAAGGACCACUAUAGUUCCAGGAAAACAUACUCCCCUUUCCCCGGCUCUGGAAGGGGGAAAGGGGGUAAAACUUAUCUUUUUCCAGCGCCGGGUGGGGAGCUCUCCUCCUCCGAUCCUCCUCUUCUCCUCCCCAUCGGCUGAAUGCGCACGCGCGGCAAGAGCUGUGCGCGCAUUCAGCCGGUCACAUAGGAAAGCAUUAUCAGUGCUUUCCUAUGGACGCUUGCGUGCUCUCACUGUGAUUUUCACAGUGAGAAUCACGCAAGCGCCUCUAGCGGCUGUCAAUGAGACAGCUGCUAGAGGAAAUAGGGGAAGGCUUAACCCAUUCAUAAACAUAGCAGUUUCAUGAAACUGCUGUGUUUAUGAAAAAAUGGGUUAACCCUAGCUGGACCAGGCACCCAGACCACCUCAUUAAGCUGAAGUGGUCUGGGUGCCUAGAGUGGUCCUUUAAGGAAAGCACUGCCACGCAUGCGCAUUAGGUCCCCCCUGCCGGUGGACGCUGGUGGAUAGGAGCGUGGGCAGAGCUGAACCAGCGCUGAUGGGACAUCGGCGCUGGAUUCAGGUUAGUGACUGGGAGGGGUUAUUACCCCUUCAGCGACGUGGGAGGGGACCUUUACAGAUAGGGAAGCUAUAGUGCCAGGAAAACUAGUUUGUUUUCCUAGCACUCUUGUUUCCUUUUAGUGUAGCUAAAAAAAAAAAAAAGCGUAAAUAUAAUGUGACAAGCAAUGUAGCACACUCUCAAGGAUGUAUCCAGGCCAGGCUCUCGGUAUAAACGCUGUGGGUUAUGCAGGCUACCUAUUGACUUUUGUUAAUCUUCUUCUAACUGGGUCUUCCACAUCAAGUUAGGGGUCUCCGUUUUGCUAAAUUUUUCCACAAAAUUAAGCUAUUGGUUAGGACAAACUGUAUACCUUUUAAGUAUUGCCUAGGAAUAUAGGGUGGGAAAAGUACAAUCUUAAUCAUGGCCCCUGUUCAUAAACAUUGGCUGAAAAGGGGAGUUUUUACAUUUAGGUUAUAGUAAAUGUUAAUCUUGUUCUUACCGUUUAAGUCCCUUUACCUAAAACAUACUGAUUAAUGUGAGACUAUUUUGCAGUAUGCAUUAUGAACUUUGAACACCGAUGGAACUGUACAUGACAUAGUCAGAUGUAUCUCAGGAAGUGACAAGGUAAGUGCAUGCUGUGGGUAUGUUUGAAUGGGCCAACAUUUUGAAUUAAAGCACUUUGUUUCAUUGUGAUAUUCACUGUUCCAUUGUGUUUUGAGCUGUGAAGUGCACCUUGCAGUAAUGUCAUCAUUAUGUUUUUUAUUUUUUAUGAUGUGUAUAUAAAAAAAAAUCAGUUUUGAUAUAACUGUUAGUAUAUUCAUAUUUACAUUUUGCUACAUUCAAUUAGUAUAUUAUAAUUAUGUAUUACCAUUUGUAUAGCAACAGAUUCCACAGUACCAAUUAUAGAAAGUGUGUAUACUCAAACAAGCUUACUUGAGAAUUUGAAGUGGGCAAGACACCUAACUAUAUGUGUUUGCCUACUUCAAAUCCUCAAGGACACUUACUGGUAAGGUGGUCUGACUGGGAAUCAAACCUGAGUUUCUCUGUGCUGAGGCAGUGAUAUUACCACUGCUUCUUAUUUCAUGAAGAAUAGCCUUUGGACUACAGGGAGUGCAGAAUUAUUAGGCAAGUUGUAUUUUUGAGGAUUAAUUUUAUUAUUGAACAACAACCAUGUUCUCAAUGAACCCAAAAACUCAUUAAUAUCAAAGCUGAAUAUUUUUGGAAGUAGUUUUUAGUUUGUUUUUAGUUUUAGCUAUGUUAGGGGGAUAUCUGUGUGUGCAGGUGACUAUUACUGUGCAUAAUUAUUAGGCAACUUAACAAAAAACAAAUAUAUACCCAUUUCAAUUAUUUAUUAUUACCAGUGAAACCAAUAUAACAUCUCAACAUUCACAAAUAUACAUUUCUGACAUUCAAAAACAAAACAAAAACAAAUCAGUGACCAAUAUAGCCACCUUUCUUUGCAAGGACACUCAAAAGCCUGCCAUCCAUGGAUUCUGUCAGUGUUUUGAUCUGUUCACCAUCAACAUUGCGUGCAGCAGCAACCACAGCCUCCCAGACACUGUUCAGAGAGGUGUACUGUUUUCCCUCCUUGUAAAUCUCACAUUUGAUGAUGGACCACAGGUUCUCAAUGGGGUUCAGAUCAGGUGAACAAGGAGACCAUGUCAUUAGAUUUUCUUCUUUUAUACCCUUUCUUGCCAGCCACGCUGUGGAGUACUUGGACGCGUGUGAUGGAGCAUUGUCCUGCAUGAAAAUCAUGUUUUUCUUGAAGGAUGCAGACUUCUUCCUGUACCACUGCUUGAAGAAGGUGUCUUCCAGGAACUGGCAGUAGGACUGGGAGUUGAGCUUGACUCCAUCCUCAACCCGAAAAGGCCCCACAAGCUCAUCUUUGAUGAUACCAGCCCAAACCAGUACUCCACCUCCACCUUACUGGCGUCUGAGUCGGACUGGAGCUCUCUGCCCUUUACCAAUCAGCCACGGGCCCAUCCAUCUGGCCCAUCAAGACUCACUCUCAUUUCAUCAGUCCAUAAAACCUUAGAAAAAUCAGUCUUGAGAUAUUUCUUGGCCCAGUCUUGACGUUUCAGCUUGUGUGUCUUGUUCAGUGGUGGUCGUCUUUCAGCCUUUCUUACCUUGGCCAUGUCUCUGAGUAUUGCACACCUUGUGCUUUUGGGCACUCCAGUGAUGUUGCAGCUCUGAAAUAUGGCCAAACUGGUGGCAAGUGGCAUCGUGGCAGCUGCACGCUUGACUUUUCUCAGUUCAUGGGCAGUUAUUUUGCGCCUUGGUUUUUCCACACGCUUCUUGCGACCCUGUUGACUAUUUUGAAUGAAACGCUUGAUUGUUCGAUGAUCACGCUUCAGAAGCUUUGCAAUUUAAGAGUGCUGCAUCCCUCUGCAAGAUAUCUCACUAUUUUUGACUUUUCUGAGCCUGUCAAGUCCUUCUUUUGACCCAUUUUGCCAAAGGAAAGGAAGUUGCCUAAUAAUUAUACACACCUGAUAUAGGGUGUUGAUGUCAUUAGACCAAACACCUUCUCAUUACAGAGAUGCACAUCACCUAAUAUGCUUAAUUGGUAGUAGGCUUUCGAGCCUAUACAGCUUGGAGUAAGACAACAUGCAUAAAGAGGAUGAUGUGGUCAAAAUACUAAUUUGCCUAAUAAUUCUGCACUCCCUGUAUAAUGUAUUGUAAUUAGAAAAUUACCCAUAGAUUUUUUUUUUUUUUUUUUUAAACCUAAAAUUUAAUUUGGGGGGGGAUGUGUGUCUGUGCCCGCAUGUGCUCCUGUGGGGUGGGGGAGGUGUGUGCUGACUGCUCGUGGGUGCGUGCGCGUGUGCUGGCUACUUGUGGGGGGGAGUGCGCGCGCAUGCUAGGUGCUCGUAGGGGGAUGUGUGUAAUUGUGUGUGUGCUGGCUGCUUGUGGGGGGGUGGUGUGUGUGUGCGCGCGCUGGCUGCUUGUGGGGGGUGGUGCGUGUGUGUCUUGGCGCUGGCUGCUUAGGGGGUGGUGUGUCUUGGCGCUGGCUGCUUGUAGGGGGUGGUGUGUCGCGCUGGCUGCUGGCUUGGCUGUAGGGGUGGUGUGUCUUGGCUACUUGUAGGGGGUGGUGUGGGCUGGCUGUGGUGCUGCUGGCUGCUUAUGGGGGUGGUGUGUGUGUGCUGGCUGCUUGUGGGGGUGGUGUGUGUGUGUGCUGGCUGCUUGUAGGGGGUGGUGUGUGUGUGUGUGUGUGUGCUGGCUGCUUGUGAGGGGGUGGUGUGUGUGUGUGUGUGUGUGCUGGCUGCUUGUGGGGGGGUGGUGCGUGUGUGCGCCCGCUGGCUGCUUGUGGGGGGGGUGGUGUGUGUGUGCUGGCUGCUUGUAGGGGGGUGGUGUGUGUGCUGGCUGCUUGUGGGGGGGUGGUGGGUGCUGGCUGCUUGUGGUGUCUGUGUGGGAGCAGCCUGUGUGCACACACUCCACCCCCCCACGAGCAGCCAGCACACACAGACCACCCCCCACGCGCAGCCAACGCACAGACCAUCCACCCACCAUGCGCACCCAACACUCACCCACCCCCCGGGCAGCCAACACGCACCCAUCCCCCCUAUGAGCAGCCAACGCGCACCCCCCACGAGCAGCCAGCGCGCGCGUGCACACCCACACACACCAGCUGUGUGUUGGUUGGGUUGUGUGUGUAUGUGUUGGCUGUGUGUGGGGGGGUUAGUGUUGAUGUGAUGGCUGUUCGUGGGGGCUACCCAAGAGUUCCCUUGCACACAGUACCUAGAUCUUAUUUCAGGGUUUGUUUCUGAAUAUUACCUCUGUGAGACACACUUUUGCUUCAGCCUUGGACUGCCUGUGUUUUUUUUUUUUUUUUUUUUAUUCUUUAUUUUUGUUGUGCACAUUAUAACAGUAAACUUGUUCAACCACGAUAGCAGUCACAAGUAGGAUAGUAGUUACAGACAUUAUAAGUAUGGCGUGGAAUACGAGUAUGCAGCACGUUUUUUUUAAAAUUAUAAUAAGAGAAUAAGUUGACAGUGGGGAGACAGAACAUUGGAUAAAAUACAAGCUUUUCUAACUGUCUAUAAUAUAAGGGUAUGUGAAGGUUCCAACGGUUAUGGUACAUGCUAUUUUGGUUAAAAGAUUUGUGUUUUUGUACAUGCUUUAGUGUAAGUAGGGUUAUGCCCUGUUGUAGUGGUGCACCCCCCUUUUCUUUCUUUACCUUUGUGUUUUGCGUUAUAAUAGGGUAUAUGUUAGUGUAUGAGGUUUUACGAUUUGCAGGUGCUAGGUGUACCUGUGUAUUGCGUCGUUUUUCUCUAAGGCAUUCGACCCAGGGGCUGCAGCUCACAUAGCUACAUAGUGUAUUAUCUUGUGUAGCCUAUGGGCAUGCGAGGGGCACUAUGAGGCCUAAUGUGGGCGUAGCAAUUAUAGUCGAUAUAGUGUGUUUUAGGUGUAGUAAGGCUAGAUUAUGCGCAGGCUGGUCCGCCGGUCUGUCACUGCUUAUGUGUUCUCACGUUUGGCUGUGUGAUAAGAAGUUUGUGUGUAUACUUGGGCUAGUGAGGCCUUCAUUUCUGAGUGGGCUGCUUUAUGGUUUUCGCCCCUUUAUUGGUGUGUGUUGUGUCCCAUAGCACAUUGUGGAGUAAUCAUUAGGUAGCGUUAAAGUAAACAACGUCAACAUUAGCAAAAUAGAAGUAAAAUAUUAAAGAUUUGAAGUUUUAAAGUGUAAAGUCACAGAUGAGAACUAUGAACUCAGCGGUAAUAUGGUCGGGCAGUCUUUUUGGCUUAUUUUCCCGUGCUCCCAUCCGGAUCUCAGGUACCCAUCGCGUGGCGGCCGGCCCUCUGCGCUUUAAAUACGGUGGAGGACGAGGUGGGGACCCAGGAUGGCUGGAAUGCUUGGACUUUGGCCAUGUCCCAGAAAUGAGGGGGUUGUUGUCGUCUCGGGACUUGGAUGGUGCUUACCGGGUUCGUCGGUAUUCCCAGCGCGGUGAGAACUGAGUCCACUUCCGCUGCGUCCGUCAGGCGGGUUGUUGCGCCCCCAUGUGAGAUAACCAGGCUCCUGGGAAAUGCCCAUCGAUAUGUGAUAGUGUUGGCGGAGCAUGGCUGUCAGUGGCUUGAGCCGGGUUCUCAUAUCACUGUGGGCCUGGACAAGUCCUGAUAAAAGGAUAAGGUGGCAUUGUCAAAUGGGUAGUUUGCUUUGUUUCUCACGGCUGCCAUAAAGGUCAGUUGGGCUGACCGUGUUCGUUGCUGUAGGAUGACAUCCCGUGGGGUGUCUGCUGGUGCUUUGGCGGUUCUUGGGAUUCGGUAGGUCCCAUCUAUCUCAGCUAGGUCUGUUUGUUGUGGUGAGAGCAGGCAGGUGAGCAGUCUCCCAAUGUAGGCGCACCCAUAUCGUACUGUUUGUUCUGUGCUCCUUCUUAUCAUUAGGGGAUUAGAGGGGAUUCCCCUUUGAGGUGUGCAGCCUUCUUUUGCUGUGGCCAUUUAGCGCUGAUUUCCUUUCCUGUUUUUCUAAUUCCCGACGUAGUGUGUCUGGUCACCUGAGGCCACAGUCUCCGGGAAACCCCGAAUUUUUAAGUUUCUGCUCCUGUGCCGGUCUUCUAGUGCGUCUAGGCGGCUGGUGAGUUGAGACUGGUCGCGCCGUAGCUCCGUGUUUUGGGCUUCUAGUUGUGUACAUCGGGCGACGAGUUCCUCCCUCUGUUGUUUUGACGCGCCCCUCCACCGUUUGUAUUUCUUCUCGCAGUGAGGCCACAUCUGCGGCAAACAUUGUGCGGAGGUUGCGGAGCAAGGCUUUAAUAUCUCCCUUCGUGGAGGACAGCUCGCUAUCAUCGUCGGAGGAAGGGAGUUGUAAGCCCCCUGAGCUCGGGAACUCAUCCAGCUCAUCCAUUGCUUGGUCCUCGGAGGAUGCUAAUGGUUUUUUUUGUGGUUUGGGGCCUGUGCGAGUCGGAGGAGAAGACCCCCGAUGUCUGGUGUUUUGACUUCUUCCCCAUCUCGCUGUGACCCGAUAGAGGCUGAGGUUGGGUGGUUCAGGUGGUUAAAUCGCUUAUUUCAGGCUUAUUUCUGCGGAGAUCUUCUGGCACCCGUCUGCUCUGUAUGGCUGCUGGCUGCGCCCCGCCGACUGUGUCUUUUUAAGUCACAAACUGAUGCUGAGUGGAUGAAUGUUCUGGGUCUUAUGGUAAUUUUCUCCAGACAGUGCAUAGAAGAGUCUAGUUUCUGAAUUUUUUAAUACAUUUUCACUGACAUAUUUCCCAGCAUGUAUACCAUUGAACAUGCACUGGCCCGUAUUUGUCCUGUGGAUAGCUGUGCAGCAUUUUUCCUGGAAAGUUUACAAUGGUUUUUGAGCUGUCUCAUAUUUUGUUUUGUGUGCUUCCCUUUUUCCUCAUCCCUCCUCCCACCCUUUUUCGAAUCUGGUUAAAGUAGACUUCUGUAUUUACUUGUGCAGGAGAUGGUGGUUACUUAUUUUUGUACAAAAGAGGGGGACCAUUUCAUAUUAUUGAUGAGAAUAGGACCGUAAAAUAUUAUGUGGAGGCUACUAAGUUGUUCAUGAAAGUAUGACUACAUGUUUGUAAAUUUUUGUGGUCUGAGAAAAGAUGCCUUGUAACCUAUGAUACAGUGGACUUAUUUUUGGUCUAUUAAGCCAGUGCCUGACUCAUUACUGUCCAUUCUAUUACAGCUGUGUCUUCUCUAUGGUACUAUUAUCGUGAGGCAUCAGGAGGCCACUGAAGCUUCAAUUUUUGGGGAGGUCAAAUUGUAUUGUUUUGAUGUAUUUGCAUUUACUUUCAUUUUGCUUAGCUGGAAAGUUUGCUUAUACAUUAUGGAUUCCAUGGACCAGAUUUAAAGUGAUAAAUGAAAUGUGCUUACCAAUAGAUCACUUGACAUUUGUGUGGUCACUGUUCACGUGGCCCUUGUCUGUUUUGAAUCCUUAGGUUGCUUGAUGAAUUUACUUAUGAGUUUCUUUGGUUUCCUACCUGUGUCUGUGUUUGCAUGCAUGGCUAAAUGUUUACCUGGGUAUUUUUUCCUGUGAGAUGCGCUGGAAGUAAAAUUUGUGCCAAACCUUCUGGAAUAGGUGUUUACCGCUUUAUCUCUAGAGAAAUUGCUUCUACUGAACCAAGACUGCACAGAUGAAAAUGAAUUUGAGAAGUAUAUAGAUAUUGUUUUUGUUCUGAGAGGCAGUCAAAAUAACUGGUUUAGGUGAAUAAGUCUAUGCUGACUUUUUUUUUUUGGCAACUUAUUUUACCAAUGCUGAACUUAAUCUAAUUGUCUCUUUUCUUUCACCCAGGUUUUUUUUUAAAAAUGGUUGGAGGACAGCAACUGGAAAUGUGUGAUAUUCAGACAUCUGCAUUACAACUUCAGCCACCGGUACAAUCUGCAGAAAUAAGUGAUAAUCAAUAUGAGUGUCACGAAUGUGGCAAAGUAUUCAAAUGGUCUUCUAGGUUGAUCCAUCACCAAAGAACUCAUACUGGUGAACGACCUUACAAAUGCUCUGAAUGCCCAAAGGCAUUCAAAGGCUCUUCUGCACUACUUUAUCAUCAAAGAAGCCAUACUGGUGAACGUCCUUAUAAAUGUACAGACUGUGAUAAAGCUUUUAAACGCUCUUCACUUUUGCAGAUCCACCAGAGUGUUCACACAGGAUUAAAGUCCUUUAAGUGUAACAUUUGUGGAAUGUCUUUUAAAUGGUCCUCCCAUUACCAGUACCAUGUAAGGCAGCAUACAGGAGAGAGACCAUAUAAAUGCAAUGUCUGUGAUAAGGCUUUUAAGAAUUCAUCUAGUUUAAGACGGCAUAAAAAUAUUCAUACAGGAGAAAGACCUUAUGUAUGCAAUGUGUGUGGAAAGGCUUUCACGCAGUCUACUAAUUUGAGGCAACACCAGCGCAUUCACACUGGGGAACGUCCAUACAAGUGUAAUGAAUGUUCCAAAUCUUUUACACAUUCUUCCAACCUUUUGCUCCACCAACGCACACAUAGCGGAAAGUAUACACAUAAAUGUGACUUGUGUAGUAAAGUUUUUAUUUCAGAUUCUUUUUUGCAAAAGCAUAUGCAAUCUCAUACCAUUGAGCAAGCAUUUGUACAAUCUGAUUCGGAAGUAUUCUUGACUACUGCAGCAGCAAUGGAGACUGUGGAAAUGCUUUUUAAAUGUGUAGUCUGUGAUCUGACAUUUAAAAAUGAAGAUUUGCUUGUGAGUCACCAACAAAGUCACGUGGAAGAGCAGACAUAUUCUUGUACAACAUGUGAUAAAAUAUUCAAAAAUUCCUCAGCAUUUUCUCGCCAUCAGCAUUGUCAUGCCAGUGAAAGACCUUACAAGUGUUCAGUUUGCGAGAAAACAUUUGUACAACUACCCAAUCUGCUUGUACACCAAAGAACCCAUACAGAGGAGCAACAACUAAUUCAAACUGAAGCUGAAGUCACAUGUCCGCAGUCAACUGAGGUAGUUCAGCCUUCCAGUGUUACAGGUACAGCAGAGGGUGUUGAUCGUCCGUACAAAUGUACAGAGUGUGGUAAAGCUUUUAAAGGAUCUUCAGGACUUCGUUAUCAUAUGAGGGACCAUACUGGAGAACGACCAUACAAAUGUUCAGAGUGUGGUAAAGCUUUUAAACGCUCCUCAUUGUUAUCUAUUCAUCAACGGGUGCAUACUGGUUUGAGAGCAUUCAAGUGUGCAGAAUGUGGCUUAACUUUUAAAUGGUCCUCCCACUAUCAGUACCACCUCAGACUACAUACAGGUGAGCGACCCUAUAGUUGCACCGACUGUGGCAAAUCAUUCAAGAACACAUCCUGUCUUCGUCGACAUCGUCAGCUACACACUGGUGAGCGCCCAUUUGCUUGUUUAAUGUGCGGCAAAACAUUUACUCAGACAUCCAAUCUGCGUCAGCAUGAAAGGACACACACAGGGGAAAGGCCCUACAAGUGUGAAAAAUGUGACAAGACUUUUACUCAUUCUUCCAACUUACAAUUGCACCAGCGCACACACUCCACUGACAGACCCUUUAAGUGUUCUAUUUGCGACAAAGGGUUUGUUAUGUCCUCUUACCUGCAACGACAUUUACGCACUCAUGUAGUUGCAAGCACAACCAGGUUACAUACUUUACAUGAGUCCCAGGAAAUAAAAAUUACCCCCAACUCUGAAGGAGUGCAGUAUAUACCUACUAUACCAGCUCAACUAAAUCUUGAAAUUGGAAACCAACCUAGACCAUCUGCUUCACAAACUUUUUUCUUGGUGCAAGCAACGCAGCAUAACACACCCAGAUUUGUAUUGUUGCCCAGCUGUCAGCUAUUGCAGUCUGAGCAAAACACUCCCAUAGUCUCAGAUGCUUCCAAUCUGAUUGUGUUGCCAAAUAAUGCACAGCAGCCAUGUAAACGUAACUUGCCCAAGUUGAAAAAAGCUUCUGCGCCCUGUAGCUUUGAUAUUAAGCAGAAUGUCCUGGUUUUCCCAAAUGCUCAGCCUCUUCAAAACAUUCAAGUUCAGACUAGCCAGGGAUCUCCUAAAGCGCAGACUAUAUCCCUUGGGCAAAAUGUUAUUGUACUGCAGAAUGUCAUUGGUCAGAGUCCUCAACUAUUCCCAGCAGCACAGAUAACCAACAAUUCUGCCCCAGAGAAGAUAUCAAGCAUACAGACCCUAUCAUUACCUAGUACAAGAGACACAACUAGUGUCAGUCCUCAAAUCUUAUGUCGCUCUCAGGAAAAUUCAGAUGUUCAACUCCAAGCUUCAUCAUCUUUGCAAGAUGUAUCCACUACACAUGCAUUAACUACACCCCAAGAAAUUCCAACUAUACGACUCCAAACAAUAUCUAGUACACAAGGAGGCAUUCAGGUACAAACAAUUCCAGAAACAGAAAGUGGAAACAAGAGACAAAAAUUGAUUGUAGUGCAGAAUUCUUCAGGGGAACAGCUACUUAGCCCUGCAGAUAACUUGCAGUCUAUUGAAGAAACACAAGAUGUUCGAUUUGAAGCACUUCAAGCUGAAGAGGGUCUGCAGAAUGUCCUUAUACUACAAAAUGCUGAUGGAGAGCAGACACGACUUUGUGUACAAGAAAUGGAAAAUAUUCAAAGAAUGCAAGAUAUACAUAAUAUCCAAAUCCAUCCCAUGACUCAUUUACAAGAGUCAACUACUAGUGCCCCAGGGGGUCAAAAAGUAUUUAUUAUUCAGAGCUCUGCAGGGGAGCAAACAUUAGAAGUAAUGGACAAUUUUAGUGGUGCUCAAAAUAUGCAGAUUCUAGAUAACAUACAGGGGUUGCCAGGUGGGCAAAACAUAAAUAUGGUACCAGCUAACUUAAACCAUAACACUGUGCGCCUGUUGCAAAACGUUCAUUUGAGUUCACCAUCAAAUGGGCAAGGAUGUCAAACCAUUGAAAACUUGCAUAAUUUACAGAACAUACAAUCAACAUGUGCUGAAACACAAAACAUACAAACUUUACAGAUAGUACAAAAGAAUCCAGAAUCAGAAUUACAGCAAAGUCUGUCCUCUAUUCAAUUUCUGCAAACUGUGUCUAAAGUACAACUUGUUCACACAUUCUAAUUACAGGGCCAUUUCAAUACAGUAGUGGUUUUGGUUCAAGGAAGCCAUGAGUAAAGUACCUCAUAAUUUUUGUCUGUUUUAAAAAAAGUUUGACAAAAACUGCAGAAUUUUCUGGCACCUUAAGCAAACCCUCAGAAUGAAGCUGUUCUAUUCCUCAUUAUCCGUCCAGAAUAUUUGUACGAUGUAAGAGCUCCUUGUAAUGAGCAUUAUAGGAGUAUAAUUCAGCCAUAUCGAAUAGAAAAUAACCUCUUCAGUGCCACCAGGUUGACACAAGAAGCCAGUCGCAAUUUGUCCAUGCUCCAUGACCAUAUCCUUCCAUACAUAUAUGUUGAUAGUAAUUGACAAUGAGGUUGCAAAGUGGGCAUAGUAUGCCAGAAUAUUCCCUGUUUUUUGUCCAACCACUUAAACAGUUUGAUAAAAUUGAGGGCUUCCUAUUCUCCUGCCAGUAUAAAUACUCCAAAAAGCUAUCGCUCUUUUCAUGCUUGGUGAAAUACCUUAUCGUUCGGGGUGCAUGCAAUGGUAGUUAGUUAUAAAGGCAAUAAAGUUGCUUUUAACACACUUCUUCCUCUGGCAUUAUGGAUGCUGAAUUGUAGAAUGGCAGUAUUUAAGAAUAUUCAACAGCAAAUCUUUUAAGAGACUGAGGACAGUGAUCAUGGCUAUAUUAAAAUAUUUACAAGUAAUUGUCAUUUAAUUACAAAAUGUAAUUUAAUUUUUUCAAGCAGCCUGUAAAUGCCAGUUCAUUUUAGCUGCUCAUUCACUUUGGUGAAGUUAAUGAAAUGCAUCUUGAUGACAAAGAGCACCGAUAUAAAACAGCAGUUCUGAACUACGGCACACAUGAUUAAAAAAAAAAAAAUAAUAAUAAUAAUAAUAAAAAAAAAAAAUAUAUAUAUAUAUAUAUAUAUAUAUGCUGUAUUAGUCCAGUGAUGUAGAUGUAAAAAACAGAUAAAAUUCGUAUCUUGUAAUACCUUUUAUCUGUUUUUUACAUCUACAUCACUGGACUAAUACGGUUACAAUCUCUACUUGAACACUAUGGAAGAUACCGCAUACAGCCGCCUAAAAAAGCAUAGUCCAAUAAAAAAGGUAUUACAAGAUACAAAUUUUAUCUGUUUUUUACACGUGUGUAUGUGUGUAUAUAUAUAUAUAUAUCUCUCAUGUGGAUGAGUUGAUAAAUCACCAAUAAGAGGGACAGAGAUACUUUUAUCCUUUUAUUACAUCCAUACCAAAUCUCAUCAAAUUGUACUGGCUGCCCUCAAUGUUCUAAUUGGCAGUUAUUGACGGUCCUGCAGCUUGUCAUUAGGUAUCUACAGAGAUAUUAAAGUACUCUAGUACCACUCGGGACCCGACAUCAGAGUGGGAGGAGAGGUCACCAGUGCUGAGGGAGCACAGCGCUGCAUUAAAGUAACUAAAGGGGCACCUGAGGGUGGGGGAG